CUUUGAGUUGUAUUUGAGGUUACGUCAUGUCGAAAACAAUGGGCGGUGACGAAUUGCCGUGUCGUUAGAAAAUCGUAGUAAGAUCACGUGUCGAGUGUCCGAUAGUAACCUCAUUCAAAUACCACAUCGCAGCGUUGUUAUUGACGUGGACUUUUCGAAUAGCAUUAUGUUAUUCUUAGUUACGGUACGGUAACUCUUGAAAUCGAAAGAACUACAGGCAAUCGACAAUUUGAAAGCGUAGGACAAUUCUGAACUCUUAAAAUAAAUUAUACGAACCUACUUAGUAGAAAGGCCGAUUAGACACGAUACCAGAAUAUACAAAAUACUGCAACAGAAGCCAUCCACAAAACUGAAUUUACGUAUCGACUCGUCUUCCUGCUGGAGGAGAUGAAAUAUAUUACAUGGACAGUGCUUCUUUAUGUGAUUUUAUCAUUCAGUGCUGAAAUUGGAGAGGGAUUCACUCAGUGGCUGUCUGAUAUCAGCUCCUCAAUAACGAGCGCCCACAGAAGAUCAAAAAGGAGUUUGUUUGAAUUUGAAGAUGUCAUUACAUGUUUACAACCAUGGACAGACGUAUUAAAAACAUAUGCGGAUUAUGGAUGUUAUUGUGGAUAUCGGGGAAGUGGACAACCGUUAGAUGAUACUGACAAAUGCUGCUUUUACCAUGACAAAUGCUACGGCAAAGCUGAGAAGUAUGCUGCCAGUUUUUCAGAAAAAGCCUAUGGAGCAUAUUUUUCAAGAUAUCAAUUUCAAUGUGUAAAUAAUUCCAAAAUUAUAUGCAAAAAAGAAGAAAAUACAGAAUACUCGAAUGCAUUUUGCGAAUGCGAUCGUUUAGCAUCAGAAUGCUUCUUACGAGCAAGACGGUCGUACACUAAAGCACUAUACAAUAUUCAAACUUCAAAAUACUGCACUGCUAAUCCAGAUUUGAGAGAUUUACAAAUUCAAAAACACACAUUGGACAAAUUAUAUUCUUGCCACAUGAAGUUGCAUGAUGACAAAUGUUGCUCAGAUGUUGGCUAUAACUCAGAGUACGAAAUAUGCUGCCAUGGUAAAGUAAGGAAAAGAUUACCCAAUCAGGAAUGUUCAGAACAUGAAGACUUAUAAAUUAUUAUCAAUUGCAAGUUCAAACUUAUUGUUGUUCCUAUAUAUUAUAUUAAUCGAUAUAUUAUCUUCGUUCGCUCUUAUUGUAUUAUUGUAUGCUAUUGCUAAUUGACAACAUUGCAUUCAUGACAUGUCAAGAAUCGGUGUGCAAAUUAAAUUAUGAUCUGUUUUUGAUCGUUUUGCUGUAAUUUUGUAACCACUGUUCAAAUGCCUCAAUGUACAGUGCAUUAUUAUAUAUAUUAAUUUCUGCCUUGUUAUUUUUUGAUGAUGCUUAUAGACAACUGAUUCUGGUGUUGUGAUACUUGUAGUAAUAUGUAAAUUGGGGGAAUUCUGGCAGUUUCAACUUAGAUUGACUAGAUGAAUAAGCAAACGAUUAAGGGCCGAUGCCUCGUUUUACACGAACAUCCUUGCCGGAUUCAGACAUAUGGUAUCCUACUUGGUUAUGUUUUUCAAUUGCAAAAAUCCACUGCUUGUUGAUUGAUCAGCCAACUGCUACCUAUUUUUAAUUUUUGUAUAAAUUUUGACCGUCUUGCCUGUUCCGUUGCAAAUACCUGCAUAAUUUUGUUGCUGUGGUACUCCUUAAGUUUGUUCCACCAAAGAAAUUUGUAAUUAAUAUUUAAAACCCCGAUUUGACGAUUUUUUUUGUGGAGGGUAAUAGUAUGAUUUAAUCGAAAAUUAUUGUUAGAAUUCUAAUUUAUGCUUGUCUGAAAUUAUUGGCUAGAUUUUAACGUCCAUUUUUAUUGAAAAUUGAGAUUAAUUUCUACUGUAUGUCCCAUCUUGUUGUCCUAUUCACUACGUACCAGGCAUGCAUAGCCAAUUUGUCCCAUACAUCAUUGUUAUCGAAUAUUAAUUAAAUUGAAUAUCUGAACA